GCGGAAUGGGGGAACAGCAUCACCUUGACUCGACCAAGCUGGCUUGAAAGCUCAUCCUGAAUACCGGCGAUACCACAAAGCAUGGGCUCGGAAGCGUGGGAGCUGGAACGGAGGUACUCGGUGCCUGGGGCAUUGGACACCAGAGGCUUAGAGCCUCCAGCUAGCGAAGACCUUCAUGCUUGGUCCAUCUACAGGCAAAACUUGAACUCCGAUUUCACCGAUUCGGCACUUGGAUCAGCAGAAAAAUCUCCUCUUCCCUACGGGAACUUCCAAUUGAGGGAUUCCACAGUACAGAGCAUUCUUAGACACCCUAGAUACGGCCCGAAAAGUCCUCUAGCUAACAAUUCGUAUACUUAUCUAAAAUUUGGUCUCCCAAGGGUUCUUCCUCCUAGUUCUAGGAACAGGGAUGGAUCAAGUGGUUAUGAUUCCAGCGAGGAGGGUCGUAGAGUGUCCCAUGCAGGAACUUCUGCGCAUGGAACCUCUGCUAUGAGGUCUGCUAGAAGCGAUCCCGAUUUUAGACAUGUUCACAUGUCUGUUCCCAGAGAACAUGCACACUCUCAAUUAACAGUUUCGAGAGAGAAUCCUAGGUUGAGGAGCGCCAGCGAGGCGAAUCUUCUCCAUGGAGGCGUUAGAAUGAAUAGGAGACACAGUAUUGCGCCUAUAGAUCCGGGAUAUGGAGUCCAUGAAUCUAGAGGACAUGGAAUUCUGGGCCCAGAAAGCUAUACAUUACCUCUGAGGACUGUACCUUGUCUCCAACACCCUCAUCUUCAAUUACGAGGAGUGGAGGCUUCAGGAUCUGAUGGCUUGCCUCUUUUACGAGGGAUUACUCUAGAAGCAGGAGCUACUGAGGUAUUAGCCAUUAUGGCUACUACAGAGAAAGAAGGAAAACAGAUCGUGGAAACCAUUGCCGGAAGAAAAAGAAUUAAGAAAGGAGAUAUUUUGCUCAAUGGAAGAUCCGUAUCUUUUAAAACCUUAAGGUCUCGAGUUGCUUAUUUGUCUACUGAGAAUAGUUUAAGUCCAGGUUUAACUGCUCAACAGACACUGAGCUUUUAUAUGCUUCUUAGAGGAGGUCCAAAUACUUCCAAAUUGGAGGCUGAAGCAAUUCUUCAGGAACUUGGUUUAGAAGCAACAAAACACUGUCUUGUGAAUUCAUUGACAACCUCUGAAGCAAGAAGAUUGGCCCUAGCCUGCCGUUUGUUACAAGAUUCGCAUAUUCUCGCACUAGACAGGCCAACGCAUGGUUUAGAUAUUUUUGAUGCAUUCUUUCUAGUAGAAUACUUGAGACAGUGGGCUAACAGAGGUCAAAAAUUAGUAGUAUUGACCUUACAUCCGCCUACUUAUGAAAUACUAACAAUGGUUUCGAGAGUGGCGCUUACUUCCGGCGGAAGAAUCAUGUACUCCGGUCCCAGGAGGGAUAUGUUGCCAUAUUUUGCCCUUGCAGAGUUCCCCUGUCCUCCAUUUAAAAAUCCUUCUGACUACUAUCUUGAUUUAGUUACAUUGGAUGACCUGUCUGCGGAAGCUAUGCUGGAAUCUUCUCAAAGAAUAGACCAUCUAGCUGAACUUGGAAGGACCAGGUUACCACCACUAAGUGAUCCUGGACCACCUGGGGCACUUCCCCCUUCCAUUUCCAGUCCCAAUAUAUUCUCACAGAUUUAUGCAUUACUUCUAAGGACUCUAAUCUACAGUCAACCAUGGACGCUAACUAGAUUACUUAGAAAAAUCGUUAUCUCUGCUUCUCUGAGUAUUUUACUUGGUGCUAUAUUUUGGGAUGUAGCUGGAGACUCAAAUUUACAUCUCAGAGAUCGAGUUGGUUUUCAUUAUGCCAGCUUAGGAAUCUUCUUUUGGCCGUUGACCUUAUUAGCCAUCUGUGAAGUAGCUGAUUGCAGAGCAAACGUGGAAAGAGACAUUAAAGAUGGCUUAUAUAGGAGAUUUGUAUAUAUUUUAAUAGAGCUCCUUUGUGGAGUACUGUCUUGGUGCAUAGUAUACUUAAUCUACUUGGCACCAGGCUAUGCCAUGUCAGGACUUCACCUGGUGCCAGACGAGAAUCUGACUUCCUUGUGGAAUUAUCUUGGAAUCGGUUUAUUGUAUUUAAUACUGCAGCAUUUAAUCUGCAUACUAUUUGCUCACACUUGUAAGUGGACAUACUUGGCCUCUUUAUUUGCUGGAAUUGUGAUUGGAGAAAUGACUUUAGCUGGUGGAGUGUCCUUGCAUUUGGAGAAUUUGCCAAGCUGGUAUCAAAAAAUCAGCCCAAUGCAGUGGUCUUUAUCCUUAUUAUUACCUCCUCUUCAUCAAACAGAAGUCAUGAAUAAGCUGACCAAUUGUAAGCCAAAACAAAUUCAAAGGCAGGAUAUCAUAGUUCAAGCUGCUUGUGAGCCACCUGAUGGUGCAUUAGCACUAUAUGAAAUUGCACUAGAUAAGUUCAACGUAAGAGGAGAAUUGUGGCUGGGAAUAGGAAUAACUAUUGUCAGUGUUCUAAUUAUAUUAGUAUUCCUAUGUAUUCGAUAUACCACUCCUAAAAGACUCAGGAGUGCACCAAACAAGCCAUAA